AUGCCUUCCAACUCGAAACGACCAGCUGCCGUGCCAACAAGCUCAUUGACUCAGAAUUCUUCCGCUAGCACAGCAAAGCAGACUGCUACCUUGAAGCCGCUCGCUACCACCACCUCAGACUCCACCACAGCCAAUGCUGGCAGCACCGCGUCCGCAAUGCUACCUGCAGAAGGCACCACUGGUGUCAACAAGAAGAAGCAGAAGAGACGGCAGAAAUUAGCUGCCCGUCUGGCCGCGGAGCAACAGCGUAGCGAUUCGUCCACUCCUACGAACCGAAACGGCCAGGAUGGCAGCGAUGGCUACGACAACGGCGUCAGACACGCGCAUGCUGGCAAUUCAACGCAACAUAGACCCAAUGAGAGAAGUGAGCCUAUAGAGAAUGCGGAGGCAUGGUAUUCGGACGACGACCGGCAUUUUUCACAUUCCCGCCAUGAGCAUAAACAUGAUAACCACGGGAGCUUAGACCACCAACAUAAUAAUACAGGCAAAGGGAAGAGCAAAAAGAAAAAGGGCAAAAAGGGCCGGACUGGAAACAAUGCUGCUGAAGGAAGCUCUACAUCUCACUCGACACCACCGCCGCCGCCCCUAACGUCUUCAGCACGUCCGGUUGGAGUACCACCGCCGCUCGUCAGCGCGUAUCGAUCAGCUCACAGGAUAUCCAAGGAUCGGAUAUGGAAUACGUCGACUCAUGAAGAGCGGGAAAAUAUCAAAGAAUUCUGGUUACAACUUGGCGAGGAGGAGCGCCGCUCACUAGUCAAGGUUGAGAAGGAAGCUGUUCUGCGGAAAAUGAAGGAACAACAAAAACAUUCGUGUAGUUGCACUGUAUGCGGCAGGAAACGGACAGCCAUUGAGGAGGAACUGGAGGUAUUAUACGAUGCUUACUAUGAAGAGCUGGAACAAUAUGCCAACAAUAACCAGGCCUCGUUCGAAAAUGGUGGUUCACUCCGGCUACCCCCCCGCCUAUACCAAACCCCCAUUCGAUCCUUAGACCACCAUCCUCACCUGCCCGGCGCCCAGCAUCCGUCACGAGGGAGAGUACACGAAUUGCCGGACGACGACGAUGAAGAUGAGCUAGACGAAGAGUAUGAAGAGGACGAAGAAGAGGAAGAUGACGAGGAGUCUUAUAGUGAGGACGAGCUCGACAUCGAGGCCAGAACAUCCCGGGCCGACUUCUUCGCCUUUGGAAAUAGUCUAACUGUAAAGGACGGGAUCCUGACAGUCGCGGAUGAUUUAUUAAAAAAUGACGGAAAGCACUUUAUUGACAUGAUGGAGCAGCUAGCGGAGCGGCGGAUGCAACGUGAAGAGGAAACCCAAUACAUCGCAUCAUCGGCGGCCCAUCAGUCAAUGCAGGCCGGUCAUAACCAUGGAGCCCCGUUAGACGAGGAAGACUAUGACGAUGACGAGGAUGAUGACUAUGAUAGCCAGGAAGAGGACGAGUUUGAGGAGGAUGAAAUGGACGCUAUGACGGAGGAGCAACGGAUGGAAGAAGGUCGACGGAUGUUCCAGAUAUUUGCCGCUAGGAUGUUCGAACAACGAGUUUUAACCGCUUACCGAGAAAAGGUCGCCCGCGAACGACAGCAAAGGUUGAUAGAAGAACUAGAGGAAGAAAACCGGCUUGAUGAAGAGCGCGAAGCAAAGAAGGCCAAGGAAGCCCAGAAGAAAAAGGACAAAAAGCGACUACAAAAACAGGCAAAGGAUGAAGAGAGAGCGAAACGAGAAGCCGAACGCGCUGCCGAAGCGGCUGCUCAAAAGGCCGCGGAAGAUGCAAGAGUCAAGGAGCAGCAGCGGAAGAAAGAGGAACAGCGGAAGAAAAGGGAAGCCGAGAAAAAAGCCCAAGAGGAAGAGCGACUCCGGAAAGAAGCAGACCGACAAAAGCGGCUGAAGGACGAACGAGAACGACAAGCAGAGGCCGAUAGAAAGCAGCGAGAACAAAAGGAGAAAGAGAAAAAGAAGCGCGAGGAGGCUAAGAAAAAGGAGCGAGAGGAACGGGAAGCUAAAGAAAAGGAAGCUCGGGAGCGGAAGGCUCGAGAAGAUCGGGAACAGAAAAAUAAAGCGGAACUGGAAAAACGAGGAAAAGAUUCUACCGUUAACCGCGAACAGAGCAGACGAGAUGAAUUUGGUUCACUUCAACCAGAUCAACAUCUACCAGCUCAAAACUUAAAGCGAACCUCCCAACCAGGAAUGACGUAUUUCCCGCCUGGCCUUCAUCACCCACAACCCCCAAGUCUUCUUCAGUCUCCUCAUUUCCAAGUUGCUACACCCGUUAUACCAAAAGCGCCAACACCAGUCCGCGCCCGGCAAGCUUCUCAACAAGGAUCGCAUGCUUCAUCUCCCCGUUCUCAACCUGCAUACAUUGAUACUCUGCAAACAUCCAUUUCUCCGGGAGCUGCGCAUUCAUCCGGCGCUUCCAGCGUUGUUUCCAACAAGGGAGUCACUCAAUAUCCCAACACCAUUCAUAACCCGCAACCAUCUGUCCCCAUGUCACCUUUAGGAGGACCAGGUCGUGGCCAGCCACCACCAGGUUUCGGUGUUAUACCAAGCCUAAAUGGUAUACCAGGUGCUGGAAUGCCAGCAAUAGGGCAUCGCUCUUCUCUAGGCCAUGAAACUUCCAUGUAUCCCAAUCAGCCUAACCCCAUCGGAAGCCAGUUCAGAGGUAUUGGGUCCCCAGAAGGGCUUUCUGCCCCUCCAGGAAUCGCACCUAGGCAUCCCGGUCAAGGCAGAGGUUUCAGCCUGGACCCAAGUCAUUCUGCGCUGCCAUAUCGCUCUCCACUGAUGUCGUCUGGUCCUCUUGCUCCACAUCCCGUUCAAGCACCUCGCGAGGCCCUCUCUCAGAUGCACGGCCCUGGACAGCUCUCGACAUCGUUCGAGAGGAGUCCUAACGAGCCACUUCCGCUAAAUCAGCCUAUUGGAUCUCGGCCUGCUCCAAUCCAACGCCCGUCAAGCACUGUUCAUGACCACGGGAAAGAGGGCUCACAUUCAAACCAGCCAGAUGUUGAUGAACUCAGUACUCAGCUAGGAAGCAGCGCGCUAUUGGACGAUACGGACGUGCCACUCAACACUGCCCCAUCACAGCCAAUUCCUGCUCCAGGACCGGGAAGGAUGUCAUUCGGAACUAACCCUCUAUUCUCCGAAUCUUUAGGCUCAACGAACGCCCCCAAUUUCCCCUUGGGAGCACCUUCGGGCGGAAGUCCCUGGGGUUCAGGAAUGUCCUUUGGACCUCCAGGAUUCCCCAGCUCGGCUUCAUGGGGUGCUGGUCCAAGUCCAACAUGGGCCAACAACGCUUUCGGAGUUAUUGGAAGGCCUCACCACUCGUAUCCUCCCAGACCCGUUACGAUCCGUUUGCUGGUUAGCCAAGCUUGCAAACAGUUGUCAGCAAACUCACCUGGAGGCUCCGGUUUUCAUAGCACGAACCAAGUUCUACGUCAGAUCGAACAACUAAAUUCCCCGCUAGAUACCCCAGUCAGCCUGGAUGAGAUGCUCGACAUCUGCGAUACGGAAGGUAAUCCUCAGAACGGCGGUGGUUCACUUAUCGUCGAUUUUGCAGGGCCUCGUGGCACUUUCAUCAAGUUCGAACCCGAUAGCACCAGCCCAUUAUCCGGUACCAAGCCUAAUACUUCCCCUGGUGAUAUUGGCAGCCCCGUCUCUAGAAAUAGCUACCCUGCCAAUAUAGGCAGUGGUGGUGGCGCUACUGGUUCUGGUGGUCCUAACGCCAGGUAUUUUUCUUCAAUGAAUGUUCCCCCUCCGACAUACUAG